AAAAUAGAGGAGUGUCCGUACCAUGCAGUACUAAAAGUAGCAAUUAACCAGAGAUUAAAGGUUUUCUAUAAGCGCAUAAAAACAAUGCUCAGGUCCCAAAAACCUGUGAUAUUUUGUCGCAGGGCCCCCACGGUCGCUCACCAUUCUCCUCUCCUGUAUUAUUCCCUUCACCGCGGGCCGCCCGCAGCAUCGUUUUCCUCUUUCCACGUCGCCCCUACACCUCCUCUCCUCAUCAUAAAAGCCCCCUCACUCCCACAACCUCGGCUCGCGCCUCACCACACCAAUCACCACUCACCUCCUCGCAGAGUCACACUCCUCCCAGCUCUGCUCCCAACCAACUCCAACACACCAGCAGAAGCAGGAGGAGCCAUGGCCAUGGACGACUCCUCCUCGGGCUCCGAGCCCACCACCUCCUCCUCCGCGGAGGCACCGGCGUCCCCGACCGCGACGGUGUCCACCGCGUCGUCCUCCGACGCAACAGCCGCGAACAAGAAGCGCCGGCGCAAGGACGGGCACCACCCGACGUACUGCGGCGUGCGCAUGCGGGCCUGGGGUAAGUGGGUGUCGGAGAUCCGGGAGCCGCGCAAGAAGUCGCGCAUCUGGCUCGGCACGUUCGCCACCGCCGAGAUGGCCGCGCGCGCGCACGACGUCGCCGCGCUCGCCAUCAAGGGUCGCGCCGCGCACCUCAACUUCCCGGAUCUCGCGCACGAGCUCCCCCGCCCGGCCACCGCCGCGCCCAAGGACGUCCAGGCCGCGGCCGCGCUCGCCGCGGCCGCAGACUUCCCGGCGCCUGCCAAUGCCGGCGCCAAGAGCCCCGAGGAACCCGACGCCAGCGCUGCCUCCUCCUCGCCGCCGCCGGACCACAACGCCGACGAUGCUUUGUUUGACCUCCCUGACCUCCUCCUCGACCUCAGACACGGGCCCUCGUCAUGCCAGCUCUCGUGCGCGGCGUCGUGGGACGACGACGUGUGCUUCGCCGGAGCCGGCGGCGGCGUGUACCGCCUCGAGGAGCCGCUGCUGUGGGAGUAUUAAAAUCAAGCGUUAAAACGAGCUGCUCCGUGUACGUAUGGUUUGUAAUUCUCGUGCUGGACUGGACCAGAAAUCGUGUAACCAUGCAAUCGUGGACCAGAAAUGGAACGUAAGGUGAUCUGGUAGCCUGCUUUGUACUAAUACCACAUGAAAUGCUUUAAUCAAAGAU